AAGUAGGUAGAGAUUUUAAUUUCGAUAAAAGAGAUGCUUGACCUGGCUUAACAUACCGUGACAAUAUAUACUUAACCUGUUACACUAAGGUAAACAAGUGAUCGUUCGUAGUUUCUUAUUCCGUAUUAACUUCCAUCAGCCAUUAAAGUAACAUCACCAAUCGACCAGUAUGUCUCUUACCAAGCAAGAGUGUGAGGCUUUUUGGUCCAAGGCGGACAAGAACGGGGACGGGAAAUUGACCAUACAGGAACUUGACCAGGGCCUGCGGAGCAUCCUCCCGCCUGGGAAGGGACCCAGCAGUAAGGACGUUGUGUACAUGUUUUCGGCUGUAGAUAAGGACGGAGAUAAAACCAUCACCAAAAAGGAGUUUUUUGAUGAGAUGGAGAAACCCCCAAGAAGGAAGGCGUUAGAGGAAACGUUUAAGAGGUACGACAAGGAUAACAGCGGAACCUUGACACGCGACGAGAUCGAGGCCGUUGUUAGGGACUCCGGGUCCUUCAGCAAGGGAUGUGACGUGAAGAAAGUAGCAGACGCCAUCAUGGAAGAAGCCGACACAAGCGGAGAUGGCGCUAUCGACUUGAAGGAGUUCUUGAAAGUCGUCAGUUAGAUUGUGAAAAUAAAGACUGUACUGUAUAUGACGUCAUUGAACUCUAGUGACGUCAUAAAGUGUAGACUGCCUUGUGUUUCAUCUUGAGUGAGAUAUUAAUGAAAAAACACUGCUACAUCUACAGUACAUGUGUUUUUAGUUUCUGAUAAUUAGAUAACAUUAUUUUAGUUAGUCCAGUACGAAAUUUUAAUAAGCUAGUGGUUGUUUUCGUAGUUUUGUGUUCAUUAAUAUAUUUUAAAGAGAAUCUACGUUGCCAAUGACUAUUAUAUCAGAAUGUUAGUUUACAAUGCUCAUUUUAUUCAAAGUAAAACAUUUUACCUUUUCAUUAAAAAUGUUAGAA